UACUAGUUGCUACUCUGCCCACUGGACUCCAAAACAAUGGAGGAAGAGCGAACUGCCAGGAGGUCGUGGUGUAAAGUUGUGGCGUCCCUGCUGCCGGACGUGCGCCUCACCCCCGGCUCUACUAUCACUAUAUUAUUGUCGCUAGCGAUAUCCGUCCCGGGAAUGAAGAGGGAGACACCUGCUGACAGGAAGCUGGACCUUGAGGCUGGAGUGCUGGGGAGUGUUUCAUUUCACAGGUUGAUCACAUAUAUUUAUUUUCAUGAAGAUCUUCCAACAUUAGUCUGCAGUUGCUUGAUUGUCUGGUAUUUUGGUGGGGGUUUUGAAGAGAACGUCGGCACGGUGAAGUUCUGCUUCCUCACGCCUCUGUUUGCCAUAUGGAAUGGACUUCUCUACCUGGUUGUUAUUGCCACAGGCAUCAGCUUUCAGUUGGAUGGAAAAGUCCAGGGAUUUACGGCAGUUGCCUUUUCCAUGGUCAGCGUCUUCACAAUACGCACCAGCCUUAGACGACUCAUACUCUUUGGGUUCAUGGUACCCACAAAGAUGAUGCCGCUGCUAUUUCUCAUCCCUGCUGCCUUUAUACCACAUGCCACAACUCUUAGUAAUGUAUGUGGUAUACUGGUGGGGCUUAGUUAUGGUAUGGGUGGCUGCUUUUUCUUGGACCCUUCAGAAUCAUUACUUUCACGAAUAGAUCAGAUGGUGCCAUUCAAAGUAUUAAAAAGCAUCCCAGUGUGGAGGUACAUCCCUGCAACUUCUGCGGAAAGGAAUGCCUCUCAAGACAGAAAGAUCAACCCACCUCCUGGAUCUUACCCAACCCAGCAGUAUUAUACUCCACCUCAAGGCCUCCCUGAUAUCUACUCUCCAUAUCAUCACAUGAAGCCAACUGGGACAUGGCCCACUGCUGGUGCCUCAGCAUACCCAACAGGAAAAGGUUCUGGACAACCAUACAGCCAUGAUUCCCCAGGAGCACACACACAUAGUAACAAUGCAAAUAAUUCUUUAGUAGGUAUGGACUUAAAUUCUCAAAAAGACAGUGCUAUCUCAUCUGAUCAGCCAGGCCUACAGCAAGUCCAGACACAGUAAAUGGAUAUCAUGGAAAAUGACAAGACCACAGCUGUGCAUUUCUAUAAUAUUAUCAUGGGUGGUAGGUUGUUGUGUGCCUUACUCAUUCUUCUCUGCCUCAAGUCCAAUAGAAGUAUCAUUAUUUACAUAUGUGAAACUGAUUCUUUUAGAUUGUGCAACACAGACCAUCACUUUGUUACUGCUGAGAAUAACAAUCGGAAUAGACUUCAGCUGAAAGAUUAUAUUAUUGACUACGUUCUUGGUUGUUAGAGAUGGAUGAUGAUAUGAUUUUUGUAUUGAACUUUUUUACCUUCAUCAUGAAUUUGCCUUCUGCUCUUU